AUCAAAGGCUGGAACAAAGGACCAGGGAGGCUGUGGGAUCUCUGCCUUCGGAGAUGCUCAGAACUCAACUGGGGGAAUGACGAUGACCAGCCUCCUGCCUUCAGCAGGGGAUGGAAACUGCUAUUACAUCCUGACAGAAGACUGUGCCUAUGGCAGCAAGUACUUCCAAGCUGGGAACAUGUGCUUCUGCAGCGAGAGAAAUUACCUGCGCAACUUCUCCGACGACAGGCCCCCAGCUUGCUUCUUGAAAGUCGUCAUGCUGGAUGACAGCUCCACCGUCACGAUAAACGUAGAAAUCCUUCAGCCUGUGCGUGAGGAGUCAGCGGUCUUCCUCCUGGCCGUCAGCAGCCACAAUGAACGUUUGAACUACUUCUUGGAGAGGCUGAGCCUUGAAGCAGCUCUGCGAGCCGUGCCAGGCCAAAACGUGAUGGUGGAGGUUGAGCGGCAACAUUUCCCUGGUAUCAUCCGCUACAUCGGGAGCAUUUACAAAAACGUUUCGGCUGCGUUGUCUCCGUUCUUCUUCGGGGUGGAGUUACAGGGUGAGGGUGAAAACAGAGGGCGCAGCGAUGGAUCUUAUCACGGCACUGAGUAUUUCAAGUGUAAGCGGAACUGCGGGAUCUUCCUACCAUUUAGCAGAGUCCAGUUUACUCCCGUGUUGGACAACGACUAUGUGAAACAGAAGCCAAAAGCGGACACAGAGGAGGGGGUUCCUGUGAAAGUGGGAGAUGCAGUUAGCUUCUACGUGGACGAGGUCCUCACAAAAGGAAUAGCGAUGGCAGUUUACAGGGAGGGAACCCAAUGGUUCGUUAAAGUUUGUCCGGAAGAAGAAGGAACAACUGACAUUUUCAGAGAAAUCCCUAUGGACUCUGUCGUGAAGGAAAGCUUGCAAAGUUUAUUUUCACCGUUCGAGUCUGACAUGGACUUGGGACACCCAAACCAAAUGAAACAAGAGAUAAGCGAGGGUGGUGAGGAGUGUGAAAGUGGGAAUUCAUCCCUGGAGGUGAACUCCAUGGUCCAGAUCACCUUGGACAAGGGAAAUCAGGUUUCAGGAAUCAUCCGCUGGUUGGGCUACCUGCCCCAAAUUAAGCACAAAAUGGCAGGAGUUGAACUGGAUGAAGAUAAGGGGGUCACUGCUGGUGAAUGGCUGGGCAAAUACUACUUCCACUGCGCUCCAAAGCGCGGCCUCUUCGUGAAGCUGCAGUCCUGCCAGCCUGACGUUCGCUUCCAGUGUUCGCACAACAGUGACCUGAGCCUCGUGGAUUACAGAGGGCAAGAAGUUCUUCCACAGGCUCCAGACAGUUUUCCUCCCCUCAGGAACGAGGCAGCGGUGCGUGUCCUGCGAGGGCGGAUGAAGGGGAUCCAAGGCCACUGUAAUUCCUGCUAUAUGGAUGCAGCUCUCUUCAGCCUUUUCUCCUGUACGUCCGUGCUGGACUCCAUGCUCUUCAAGCCCUUCCCACUGUGUGACCGGAACGUCCAGAACAUUCUGCGGGAUGAGAUUGUUAAUCCCCUCCGAAAGACUGGCUUCGUCAGGGCUAGGAGUGUGAUGCACCUUAGGGAGCAGCUAACUGAAAAGGGACAGUGUUCAAGCUUUACCAACGCUGAGAAAGAUCCUGAGGAGUUCCUCAAUCUCAUCAUGCAUCAGAUCCUGGGAAUAGAGCCACUCCUGAAACUGCAGUCAGGAGGCCAGAAGGAGCAGGACUGUUACUGUUACCAGAUAUUUAUGGACAAACAGGAGGAUCUGGUGGUUCCCGACGUGCAGCAGUUAGUGGAACACUCCUUCCUGUCCUCCAAUCUGAAGCUAGUGGAGAUCCCAUCUUGCUUCAUUAUCCAAAUGCCGCGUUUUGGGAAGGAAUAUAAAAUGUUCAGCAAAAUCAUUCCUUCCUUGGAGCUGGAUAUAACAGAUCUGCUGCUUGACAGUCCCAGGGAGUGCUGUGUGUGCGGCGACGUCGCCACCCUGGAGUGUUCGGAGUGUUUCAAGGACAAGGUAUUCGCAGCUAUGGGCCUCAAGCAGUUCUGCAGCUCCUGCUCCAGACAGGUUCACUCCCACUACCGACGCAAAACGCACAAGCCAACUAGGCUGCACGUCCCAGAAGAGUUUCACAGCCGGAGCCCCCGGGGCAGCCAGCAGAUCCCUCGCGAGAAGAUGGAGCUCUUCGCAGUGCUCUGCAUCGAGACCAGUCAUUACGUCUCCUUUGUGAAAUACGGCCCCGAGAACGAACACUGGAUGUUCUUCGACAGCAUGGCUGACAGGCAUGGUGAUGAAAACGGCUUCAACAUUCCCACGGUAACGCUGUGCCCUGAAGUUGCCAAAUACCUGGACUUGCCACUGGCUGUGCUGGCCCUGGAGCAACCUCGGGACAUGGAUGGAGUGGCCAAGCGCCUCUUCUGCGAUGCCUACAUGUACAUGUACCAGAGCAAGAAGAUGGCACUUUACAAAUGACACUGCCUUGGGCUGGUGCUGCAGAGCAGCGAGGUGUCGGAAACGUGAGCUUGGAUCAACCCUGCGGCUUGUCAUCGGUGAAAGCAGCCAAGUCUGGGUGCGCCGAGCUUGCACUUCUGCUUCUUCUUACCUCUUCCAGUGUCUGGUAUCAAGCUAUCCACGUCAGCCUGUCUGGGUUUGUUAAAUCCUGUACCUGGCCUUAUCAAGUGAUAGUUUGUACUUCUGGCAGACCUGGACUCUUGAAUUAUUUACACUCAAAUUCAUUCUUGUUUCCUACCUUCCCUUUCCACUUUCCUUCCUCCCCAGGCACUCUACAGCUCUGCCCCAACAUCCUUUUCUCCCUUCCCUCCAAAGCUGAGGACCAGCAUCUAAUCAAAACAUGAGCCAUUAUCCUCAGGUUUGCAAAGAGCAGAAGAAAAUAAAGACGCAAGACAUCCUCACGUGGACUUGUGGAGUGAGAAAACCAGGAGGUGUGAGCUGCACCGCAGUGGUUAAGAGAGGGGUCAGGACGAGGGUUUCUCUUGAGGUCUGGGAUGUGACCCCACACCUAAAGCUGGGUCCCUAAAUUGUCUGCACUUCCCUUAUCCAGCACUAAUACUCUGGCACUUUUACCCACCAUCCCUUGUUUUCAGCCAUGAGAUUAAUUGGAUGUCUUGAACUGCAACUACGCUUUAAAAAUACAUAUAUUUGUAAGAACAGAACUGGAAGAAAGAUGGAACAGAGGAACAGCAUGUCAGCUCAUUACAAUUCCUCUUUUUUGCAAAGUCUGAGAUCUGUACCACAGAAUUCCAAGGGCAAAAAUGGAAAAAAGGAGUGCUUUUGAAUUUUCUGCCGUGACUGCGGCAAAGAUUAGGGUCUGUCGGGGGGGAACUCCUAUUCCUAAGUUAAAUAAAUUUGCAAACUGGGGGUUCUCUGCCAUUAAGCGCAUGCUGUCCUGGCUGAGGGAAGCUGGUACGGGAGUCAGUGCUAUGAACUGGGUUGUCCAGAUUCUGGACUGCACUGACAGGGCACCAAAACCUUGAGGGAUGCAUCCAGGAGCCCCAGAUGUGGAGCUGCCAUCUCCUUCCUGCUCUGUUUUUUUCCUCUUUCAUGCAGCGUGCAGCAACUGUAAUAUGGAGCCUGUGGCUUUGUAUCGGUCCUGUUGGCUUGUGUCCCCGUGGUAAAGAAGGCGAACAAUGUCCUGGGCUGCAUUCAAAGUGUUGCCAGGAGGUCAAGGGAGGGGAUCCUAAGGCUACAGCUGGAGUACUGGAUCCAGUUUUGAGCUUCCCCAGUACAAGAGAGAUGAAGAGAGGCCAAUGAAGGGCCACGCAGAUGACGAAGGGCCUGGAGCAUCUAUCCUAUGAGUAAACGCUGAGAGAGCUGGGACUGUUCAGCCUGGAGAAGAGAAGGCUCAGGGGAAACCUUAUCGACACCUGAAGGGAGGCUGCAAAAAGGACAGUGCCAGGUUCUUCUCCGUGGUGCCCAGUGCCAGCACCAGAGCCCAUGGGGGACAAACUGAAACAGAGGAGGUUCCCUCUGAACAUGGGGAAACAUCUCUUCACCGUGAGGGUAAGUCCUGGCACAGAUUGCCCAGAGAGGUGGUGGAGAUACCCGGAGAUCCUCAAAAUCCUCAUCCUUGUAGAUAGAUACUCAAAAUGGCAAAGCCAAAGCACCUAGCGGUUGAAGAGUCUGUCUAGGAGUAGGAGAGAUGGUGGCAGAGCUGGCAACGGAUUGUCCUGAGGAUGGGUUUACCCUGCUCCCGCUUGUGAACUGGCUCACUGACCUCUGGCCGAUCCUCUGUGGCCAUGGAGAGGGCUGAGGGGCUGGAGGAUGCUGCCGUCUCACUUUCUUUGUCUACUUAAAGUUGUUCUUCAUUCCUUCUCUCCUAAGAACACAGGACAAUCUCUACUCAAGUACG